ACCAUAUCUAACAUUCAAUAAUGGGAGUUAGGCUUUUAACUCUGUAGCCAUGGAGGAGGGAAUUAAAUGAACAAGGAUGGCAAAAACGUAAAUAAGAGAAGAAAAACGUUGCCGUAAUGGAACUUUGAAGAAGGAGAGGCGGGAGGUGGCCGCCCAAGUCUACACUAUAAAUUCCACUCCCUGCCUUACUCCAUUUCACUGCCAUUCUCAACGUUUAAAAUCGCCUCUCUCUCUCUCCCUCUCCCUGCGAAUUUCGGAAAGCUACAACGGAAGCUUCUAAAAAAAUUUUAAAAAAAUAAAAUAAAAGAAGAGAGAGACGGAGGAAGGCAACGGGAAAAAGCGAUUCGCGAACCCUAGAAAAUACGGGAAAAGCGUAGCUUGAAGUUGUGAAAUGACGCAUUAGUCCUUGCUGUUUGUGUUUUCUUUUUAGUUUUCUCUUGUUUGUUGAGCUGCCUCCCUCUCUCUCACUCGCUGGCUGGCUGGGAAACAUAUUUCUGAAGAUUGCGGAACAGACGAUAAGAUUCUGAAACUUGCUUGUCCUUGUCAAAUUCUAAUUAAAUAGCUGUCUAGCUCCUGCGGGUUCGUAGAAUCUUCAAUUACAGCAUGGUUGCCACUGCUGCUACUUCGUCAUUCUUUCCAGUUCCCUCUUCAUCUGCAGGUGCCAAGUCCACCAAGACUGGCAGUGGACCUGCUAGUUUGAGUGGAAUCAAAUCGAAAUCUGCUUCUUCUGGGGGCUUGCUGGUCAAGGCAAAUGCCCAAGCUCCUCCCAGAAUUAAUGGUUCCACGGUGGGCUUCACAACGUCCGUGCAAAAUGUGAAGAAUGAGGAUGACAUGCCGUCACCACCUCCGAGGACCGUUAUCAACCAAUUACCUGAUUGGAGCAUGCUUCUUGCUGCUAUUACAACUGUGUUUUUGGCAGCAGAGAAGCAGUGGAUGAUGCUUGACUGGAAACCAAGGCGACCUGACACGCUUAUUGACCCCUUUGGUAUCGGUAGAAUUGUUCAGGAUGGACUUAUUUUUCGCCAGAACUUCUCUAUCAGAUCUUAUGAAAUUGGUGCUGAUCGUACAGCAUCUAUAGAGACAAUGAUGAAUCAUUUACAAGAAACGGCUCUCAAUCAUGUUAAGACUGCUGGACUUCUGGGUGAUGGAUUUGGUUCAACACCAGAGAUGACUAAAAAGAACCUGAUAUGGGUGGUCACUCGGAUGCAUAUCCUGGUGGAUCGUUACCCAACAUGGGGUGAUGUUGUUCGAGUAGAUACUUGGGUGAGUGCAUCUGGAAAGAAUGGUAUGCGUCGUGAUUGGCUUGUCCGUGACAGUAAAACUGGUGAAACUCUAACAAGAGCCUCCAGUGUGUGGGUGAUGAUGAAUAAACUGACAAGAAGGUUAUCUAAAAUUCCGGAGGAGGUUCGAGGGGAAAUAGAGCCUUACUUUUUGAAUUCUAAUCCUGUUGUAGAUGAGGAUAGCAGAAAAUUGCCAAAGCUUGAUGACAACACUGCAGACUAUGUUCACAAAGGUUUAACUCCUAGAUGGAGUGAUUUAGAUGUCAACCAGCACGUUAACAAUGUGAAGUACAUUGGCUGGAUCCUUGAGAGUGCUCCACUGCCACUCCUGGAGAGUCAUGAACUGUCAGCCAUUACUCUCGAGUAUAGGAGGGAGUGUGGAAGGGAUAGUGUGCUGCAGUCUCUGACUGCCGUCUCUGACGGUGGUGGGAUAGGGAAUUUAGCAAAUUCUGGGGAGAUUGAGUGCCGGCACUUGCUUCGACUUGAGGAUAGAGCUGAGAUUGUGAGGGGAAGGACCGAGUGGAGGCCAAAGUACGCCACCAACUUCGAUAUUAUGGGUCAAUUACCUGCUGAAAGUGCUUAAGGAUCCGAUUCUUUCUCCACUGAAGUAGCACUAAUAUCCUUGUGCCACAACGCCUGUGUAGAAUCGUCCUUUUGUUCAGUUCUUGAAGUUAUACAUGAUUCUUCUUAUAUAUAUAUAUAUAUUAUAUUCCUUUCUUGGAAAAGGGAAGUAAAUCACUCUGGGCUCGGUUCCGUAAGCAGUGAAUUUGUUACGGCUCCAUUGGGUUCUCCUGACCAAGCCACUGCCCAUGAGUUGCUUACGAAGAACAUGUAAUUGUUUCUUGCUGAAAUCUCUCUCUCCAUUGAGAUUGGUUCUGGUUUUUGAACAUGUAAUGUUCGAGGGGGAGCUCUAUUUGAUUUGGCAACACAGCCUGUGCAACUUGGUUCGUAGAAUUGGUGUCAAGGCUGCCUGGAUUAUGGCCUUUACUUGGGCAACACGUGUAUAUUGUUCGUCAUUUUACCUUAAAAUCCAUUUGUUAAUAUGUUAAUGGACAGAUGUUACACAGCUGGAUUUUGUGCUUCAUUUAUUGUUAUGGGUUGUAGAUAUUAUAUUUUGUAUGUGA